CAGGUGCGGUUGAUCCUAUGACAAUGUCCAUGUUUGGCUCCCUCAAUGGCAUGAAUGGCAAGAGCUCAGGUACACCAUCUCCUACCAAGCCUGAGGUGCCCCUUCCCUCUGAACCUGCAAAGGAUACCAGUUCAGCUGAAUCAAAGCCUGUUGGUGUCCGCAGUGUCCCCGGCACUAACCUUAGGUGCCUCGACGAUCCUUCCUUCAUGUUUGACAAGCCAUCUGUAGGUACAACUAACUCCCCCAAGACUGGUUCAUACAAGGUACUUGAUGCUCCAACUGAACCACAGCAGCCAAAGAGUGCUGGUUACCGUGUAUUAGAAGCCCCAGGAGGUCCUUCUGAGGUUAAGGAUGCUCCUGAGCAGUCUCCCACAAAGCCAGAGCCCCCUGUUAAGCCUUCACCUUACAGGGUGCUUGAAGCUCCUCUUGAUCCCCCAACCAAGCCCAAGGGCUCCCCUUACCGUGUACUGGAGGCUCCAGAUGCCCCUUACUACCCCCAGCCACAGAGUGUAGGUGCAGCACAGGAGUCUAAGCCCCCUUCCCUUGUCUCCCCGUCUUCCGGUAGGACGGUAACUGAUGCACUAGACAAGGCCCGUGCCCGUUUUGAUUCCUUCUGGGGGGGCGCAAAAGAUAAAGAUCCUCCCAGCAAAGUCUAGGUGCCCAAAUCCAAUAGCCAUGUUCCAAUUUCAAGUGAGAUAUCUAUGAAGAUAGUUUGCUACAUGAACAGUUACUAAAUUUGUAGGUAACAAUAACUAAUUUUUUGGUGCAUCUUCAUGGAUAUUUCUAAUAAGCCGAAGGAUGAGCUGUUAACAACCAUUCCAUGCAGAUUUUGGUGAUGUAGAAAAUUUAUGCCACUGUCAAUGACCCCACAUUCAUGCUGGGUUCUUGGUCAACAGCACAUCUUCGGUAUAUGAAAUGUUGAGAAAACCCACAGGCCAUCAAUUCAGCCAGAUGUUUAAUCGCAAUACUCAUACUAUUUUUGUUAGUUGUCAUAGAUGCUAUUUAACUCUUUCUGGACUUCACUCAAGGCUACGCAGUAUAGUAUUUCCUGUGGGUUUUUCUUAUACGAAGCACUUGCUAGUAGGCUAAGAAUGUGAGAUUGUUUAUAAUAUGACCGAUAAGGUCCAUUUUAGUUUCUAUAUGUUUAGCUUUUAUUGAAAAUGUGAGAAUGAAAGGCAAGCCAGAGUCAUGGUGUUUGCAGGGAAUGCCAAGUGUGACCAGAGAUUCAGAUAAUUUAUCUUGUUACAACCAUUCAACUUGUCAUCUGUUUACGGUGGCUCAUUACAUUAUCUCAGAGAACUGGAACACUGCCAGAACUCCCCAAGUGUGAAGUUUUGGAGUGUAAGUGUCAUAUUUGUUGAAAGAAAUGAAAUAUACUAAUGAUGCAACACACUUGUGUAGAACUUUUAAAAAUGCUGAUUUACAUUUUGGAUGAACUUGUCUUAAACUUUGAGGAAAUUAUGGGUAUUCUCUGAAAGUUUAACAAAUUGAUAUCAGCUGAGAGUACUGUAUUCUGGACCUUCAGAGUAAAAUGUGUGGCUGAAUUGACAGAUAUUGUUUGAAUGAACAUAUGUUAUGUUAGGAAAUAUUAAAGUAAAAAAAAAAAAAAAAUCUGUAUCUACACUUUACAUAUCUAGAAACAGUGUAAUAAAACAUUGAUUUUAGAUGUGAACUCUAUAUAAUAGGAAUAUUGGGUAUAAUGGGUGUAUAUAUAUAUAUGCAAAUUUACAUUGGCAUGGUUUUAAACUGUGUUAUCAGUUUAUGUUAUUUAUUUAACAAAGGGAUUUAAAGUUGUAUGUGUGGAUAUGAAAGUUGUCUUCUUAGGGUAAAACUCUGCCAAAAUGAUUAAGAGGCUAACUCUCUCCUAGGUCAUGAAGUAUAACCUAGGUCGUGAAGUCUAUCCUAGGGCUUGAAGUCUCUCCUAGGUAGAACGUGAAGUCGUGUCCUAGGGUGCUAUUUCUGCUCUGAGCACUGUCUGUGUCCUAGGGAUAUAUAACUAUAACUUUAGAUGAAGUACUAGAAGGAACUUGGGUCAAACUUGGCAUUUCAUCCUGGCCUUAAUACUAAUGCCUAUACAGGGGAACACUUGGCAUCCGCAAGUCUAGAAUCAAGCUUUUAGUACUCUUGAAAGAUUAUAAAAAUAAACUUUGUAGGAUUUUUGAAAGUGUGAAUCCUAGAAGCCUGGAGUACAGUGGUCCUGAUAUGUGAGAUUUUAGCAGGAAUCUUUAGAGUUGUCUAACAUGAGGAAAUCUUGAAAGGUGCAUUAUUGAUAACCUAAUUCACUAAACCUUGAUUAAACACUGUAUUAUAUUCUGUCAUUGUGUAAUUGAAGGUUAAAAAACCUACUUAAUGAAAUUUCUUUAUCUUCAAAUUUAUACCAAAGAUGAAAGUUACAAAUGAUUCAAUUUUUAUGGCGUGAAGUGUACACUCCUGAGUUGUUCCUCUACUGAAAACUGCCAAGGGUUUGAUUAUAUAGUUUUGAAUGGUAAAGCUAUUUAUAUUGUUAUAAUUAGUAUAGUGUUGGCUAAUUAUUAUACUGGGCAGAUUGGUCUCGGUCUCUGGCAAAUUUCACCAUUAUUGUUUAUGUCCCAUGGUGAUACAUAAUUUUCCUUUUGUCACUUCAUUGUAACAGCUUAUUUUUGUAUUGUUUUGUAGUUCAUUUGUCAUGUUAUUAACUGCAACACAUUCCAUCAAGCAUUAAGGAGUUUUAUAUAUUUUUUAGGUAAUUUAAUUUUCCAUUUCACUGAGUAUGUAAAAAAUGAUAUAAAAUCCAUUGUAAGGGUCAGCAAUUUUGAUUUGGGGAUUGUGUUCCUUGCACAUUUUUGUUUCUAAAGAACCUCUCAUAAGACCUUAACGUGAAUAGAUUUAAGUGCCAACAUACUUUUCAAAAUUGCUGAUCCCAGAUCCUAGCUGUGAUUUUGGUAGGUCCCGCAUCCUGUGAUGGUGAAGGGCUAUCAGCUUAGCAGAAAUCCCAACUCUGACUCAAAAUUCACUCUUUAGGCAAGAAAUUUAGUUCCCGUCCUUACUUGUAGUUUCAGCAAAGUUUUGUGAUACUUUUGAUCAAGUAACAACAAUUACUUUAUGGAAACCCAAUUAUAUACAACUCGGCAUUUGUUUUUCUCCCCCUGAAAAGAAAAUGUAGAAAAAAAGUAAUUAUUGCUUUUCCUCAUUGGAGCCUUAUGAAUGCUUGGAUAGGGUUUCUAUUCCAUUGCUAAUAAGGGACUUGAACCUUACUGAAGCUCAUAUAAGGGUCAAAUCUGGCUGUCACCAUGGGGCGUCACCAUUCUCCAUCACACGACGCCGUUUACGCUUCUAGUCAAAAUUCUCGCAUAAGUUGCAGGUGUCAGCGUCAGAUCCUGCUUACCCCCCAGACUCAUUUCUAUUGCCAAUGCCGCAAGAUGUAUGGAAUUUAGGACUUUUAUUCCCUUGCCAUAUAUGAGGACAGUAAAAUAUUAAGCUUCUUGAACACUGAUUGAAACCUGCACUUGUGAUGUGCACUUGUAAGAUCUACUCAAAUAUCCUAUGUGAAUUGGUCUUUGAAGGCUGUAUUGUUUAUAGGAACCUUUCCCAUGCUUCUCUUUUACAUUUAAGUUUGAUAUUUUGAAAAGAUGAAUCAGUUUCUGUUCUCUCAUAUAUGAUUUGGGAAUUUAUAGCCAAAUCUGACGAGUUGGGAGAUGAGCAACGUCAUGGCGGGACCCUUAAGUUGUGAAUCUGACCUUACUGUAUGUACCCAUAGCACAGACCUUACAUUAAAUGUACAGCUUCAGA